UAGGCACUAGGUUUGAGGUCAAGUGCAGGCGACACAGCUUUCACUCUCCGCUCGCAUCUCUCGCUUCACACACCAGUUGUCACUGUCGAGUGGCACUCUUCAUGAAGCGGUUCACCUGCUAUCACCGAGGCGGGUCGCAAAGCAAUUGCGUCAGGGUCGGUAUUGUGCAAGCUUUGACUCGUCCGAGGCACCCACACAGCGCGUGAGGUUACCUCAGCACGGUCAAACCCAAUUUCGACGUUUCUUCGUUAUAAAACGUGUCCAGUGGUGGCGAAAAUGAUGCAGACCGAUCACGACCAGCAAACUGAACGCAAUUCGUCCGAUAGCAGCAGCAGCAGCAGCAGCAGUAUCCGAAACUAAAAUUGGCACCACAAUCCACUAUGCAGAGUGUUGCGGUGAUCGCGCUUUGUGUCACUUUUUGGACCGUCACCAAUGCUGAUACUCCUGCCCUCUUUACUCCCUAUCAACCGUUACAUCCACUCGAUGAAGGCUACUUCUUACAGGCGCAGCAACCGAAAGGAAUCUGCCACGUGGAAACCGGAUUACUGCAGCAGCAUCCUUUCGUGCACUUUCCCGAUGAACACACGUACGCACACUACAACUACCACCAUCCGGUUGGUGGAGCUGUAGUACCGCUUCACGUGACACCAUAUUACAACCAGCAGCAGCAGCAUCCGCAGCAGCCGCACCAGCCAUUCUUACCGCCAUCGCACUAUGUGACCUUCGUACCGGGUCCUAGCUCGUUGGUCGCUUAUGUUCCCGUCCAGCGUGGCUCCCAAGGUCCCUGGGCAGUACCGAAUGUGUUCAUCAAAGGACAAGGCUACAGCACCAACCAAUACGUCGCUCCGUCGGUAAUGAAGAAACUCCUGGGACAAGAUCCACGAUGAGCCUCGGUGGAAUUACUCUCUAACUCGAAAAAAAGAAAUCCCUUUUUGGGGGGCAACUCGUUUUUUGGAUUAACAAAUAAAACAAACUAUUUAUUGCAAAACACUCGACUCGACUCUCG